AGACGGACUUUAUUUCCUCCGCGAGCUCACCGAGCGCAGCAGGCGCGCGCGCGGACAGCACGGGAUAAGUUGGAUUUUUAUUCCUUUUAACUUAUAAAGCCGCACCUGUCAGACACUUUAUUCAUUUAUUUACUUUUACAAAAAGCAGAGGAAACUUUGAAAGUUUUUGUUUUAAUUACUAAUGGACUAACCCAGGAUUAAGUCAGAAGACAAGUGGAUUUUACGCACGAAACUCUCCAGGACGCAGAGCGAGGACACUUUUGGACAUCCCCCCUCGGUUCCAUUGAUUUUUUUUAUUUAUGUAUCUUUUCAAUGGACAGCUUCUAGUCCUUUUUGACGCAUGUGACUGCCACCAUGCCGUCUCCUCGGGCGCGCAGGGCUCCUUGGGAGGACUCUGGACUGGUAAAAAUGUUACAAGGUCGUUAAAUUUAUUGGAACGUGACUGGCGGAUAUGAACUUUCUCCGUGAUGAUUGUGGGCGCACUGGUUAAUGAUUGACAGCAGUUGUUGGACUCUGGAUAAACUGGAUUUACUAUUGAGAAGCUAAAAGGUGGUAUUUUGGGGGGAGAGUACAAUGAAACUGUGACACUACCAGAAGAACUUGGCAGAGAUUUGCAUUGAUUUCCUGCAGAUAGAUUCUGAUUUUAAAGCUCCUUACAGUGGGACUCAUGCUGCUCAGGUUGGGGGUUCUGCAGCAGCUGCUGCUGCUGCUCAUCCAGAGUCCUGGUCUGACGUUGGCUGCAUCCAAAGACCUGGUGUGUGAGCCCAUCACCGUCCCCAUGUGUAAGGGCAUUGGCUACAACUUGACUUACAUGCCUAAUAAGUUCAACCAUGACACCCAGGAGGAGGUGGGACUGGAGGUGCACCAGUUCUGGCCUCUGGUCCGCAUCCGCUGCUCCCCAGACCUGCUCUUCUUCCUGUGCAGCAUGUACACCCCCAUCUGCCUGCCGGACUACCGAAAGCCUCUUCCUCCCUGCCGCUCUGUGUGCGAACGGGCCAAACGGGGCUGCUCCCCCCUCAUGAGCCAGUAUGGCUUCGAGUGGCCGGAGAGGAUGAGCUGUGAGGGGCUCCCCCAGCUCGGGGACGAGACCCUGUGCAUGGACCAAAACAGCAGCGAGGCCACCACCUCGGCUCCACCGUUCCCCAAGUCCACCCCGAAGGUCCGGACCAGACCCCCCAGUCCAUCGCAGUGCGACAGAGAGUGCCGCUGUCGGGACCCCCUCAUCCCCAUCAAGCGGGAAUCCCACGCUCUCUUCGGCCGGGUCCAGACUGGACCGCUGCCCAACUGCGCCUUGCCCUGCCACCUGCCGUACUUCUCAGCGGAUGAACGGGCCUUCACCAGCUUCUGGGUGGGACUGUGGUCCGUGCUGUGCUUCAUCUCCACCCUCACCACCGUCGCCACCUUCCUCAUCGACAUGGAGCGCUUCAAGUACCCAGAGAGGCCCAUCAUCUUCUUGGCCGCCUGCUACCUCUUCGUCUCCUUGGGUUACAUCAUCCGGCUGGUGGCGGGUCACGAGCGGGUGGCCUGUGGCGCCGGCGGCACCAGCCAGCUGCACAUCCUCUAUGACGCCACAGGCCCCGCCCUGUGCACCCUGGUCUUCUUGUUGGUGUAUUUCUUUGGGAUGGCCAGCUCCAUCUGGUGGGUGGUGUUGUCCUUCACCUGGUUUCUGGCUGCAGGGAUGAAGUGGGGCAGCGAAGCCAUCGCCGGAUACUCGCAGUACUUCCACCUGGCCGCGUGGCUCAUCCCCAGCGUCAAGUCCAUCCUGGUCCUGGCCCUCAGCUCUGUGGACGGAGACCCUGUAGCCGGGAUCUGCUAUGUGGGAAACCAGAAUCUGGAGAACCUGAGGGGAUUCGUACUCGCCCCUUUAGUGGUUUACCUCUUUACCGGCUCGCUUUUUCUCCUCGCUGGUUUCGUUUCUUUGUUCCGCAUCAGGAGCAUCAUCAAACAAGGAGGUACAAAGACGGACAAGCUGGAGCGGCUGAUGAUCCGGAUCGGCCUCUUCACGGUGCUGUACACCGUCCCCGCCACGGUGGUGGUGGCCUGCCUGGUCUACGAGCAGCACUACCGGCCCAGCUGGGAGCGAGCCCUGGCCUGCUCCUGCCCGCUGGAGCGACAGCGCUCCAUCCGAGGUCCGGACUACGCUGUUUUCAUGCUCAAGUACUUCAUGUGCCUGGUGGUGGGCAUCACGUCUGGAGUCUGGAUCUGGUCCGGAAAAACUCUGGAGUCUUGGAGGAGCUUCGUGGCUCGAUGCUGCCCCUGCUGGCCGCACAAGGCCACCGCACCCCCAUCCAUGUACAGCGAGGCCAGCACGGCUUUGACCGGACACACCGGAACCGGACUGUCAUCAGGGAUGUACCACAAGGCGCAUCAGUCCCACAUAUGAGCCCACAUUGGGAAGGAUUUUCCGAAGACUCGUCCGGUUAAACCACAUUUCCCUUUUCUAAAAACAAUAAGUCAAACUUAAAAAAAAAAAAGCUAGAAUGGUUGAUAUAUUUGACGAAAACAAAACAGGAGUUGUCAGAAUUUAUAUAAAAAAGGAGACAGAGCCUUUAUGUAGCAUCUGAUCUUUGUUUAAAGCGAUUUCAGCCACUGAAAGUGAAGCUGUAACUAAACACCUCGCUCAGAAAAAACCUUUAAUAAAUCCAUAUUGGAGCUCCGUAUGCUUCCUUUUCCUGAAGACUGACAGAAAGAUAUUUAUUGAUGUAAAUAUUGUAUCUAGUUGUUGUAAAACAGAUAAAAAGACAUUUGUGUAGUUUAUCUGGAGUUCUAUUUCCACAGAAGCAAAGUGAUUUGUAAAAUAAAUAAAGAGCUGCUGUUGGUUUUGACUUAAAUGAAAUGAAUUUUUAUUUUUUAUUUGACCUGGAAACUCAUUGUUUCAUGUCUGUGAAAUCAAUAAAUGCACCCAUCAAAGCUUCACCAGGAAGUGGAGUCUGGUCUUUAGCGCCAUCUGUUUGUGGGAGGAGAAAAUGCUUCUCAUGGAUUAUUUGUAAAAUGGUUUAGAUUGAAUAUUUCUCAUUUUUUCCAUCAUAGAGUCAGAGAAAUUUUACUUUUGGAACAGAAAUCUAGUUUAUCGUGGCAUUAAGGUAUAAUCCAGAAAAAAAUCUAUAUUUUUGGGGAUUUUUAUUCCAUUUGGAUAUAAAUAGACCUGAGGAUGUCAUUUUAGACUAAAAGCAUCUUGAAAGCAUUCUAUAUUUAUGGAAAAAUUAAAAUAACCUCAAACAAACAAAAACUUUAAUAUAUUUCACUUAAAAAUGUAAUCGUGAGAAAACAAAAGCUUUCCUCUGUAAAAUAAAUCAGACUGUAAAAAAGGGAUUUUAUGCUUUAAUGUAAGAACUAAAAAGAUGCGUUUCUGUAAAGACUUGUGGUAAUAAAUGUCUGAAUACGAAUGAAAGCUGAUAUGUUUGUUCUGCUUUUCUUUUUUGGUGUGAAUUCAGACUUUUAUUGUGAAAAUAAAACUAUCAGGAUGUCAGGUUUGGAGAGGAUCUCCAGCAUGUCUGUUAUGUGCUUCAUUAAUGGGUUAUGAAUAUAAAAUGUUUCCUGCUGUGCAUUUUAACACUUAAACACAAAAACAUUUAAAUAAAAAUAUAAGAUGAAAACGAAAAAACGUAAGCACAUGUGGAUGCAAUUUAAAAAAAAAAAAAA